AGCAAACCUGUGUGGUCCUGAGACACUUCAGUACUAUGAGUGGGUGCCCGUUUGCAGGAAACAGUGUAGGAUACACUUUGAAAAACGUAUCUAUGGAGGACAAUGAAGAAGACAGAGCUCAAACUGGUGUAAACAGAGCCAGCAAAGGAGGACUUAUCUAUGGCAAUUACUUGCAGUUGGAAAAGAUUUUGAAUGCGCAAGAACUUCAGAGUGAAGUAAAAGGGAACAAAAUCCAUGACGAGCACCUAUUCAUCAUAACUCAUCAAGCUUAUGAACUUUGGUUUAAACAAAUCCUCUGGGAACUAGAUUCUGUUCGUGAAAUCUUCCAAAAUGGCCAUGUCAGGGAUGAGAGGAACAUGCUCAAGGUGAUAGCUCGGAUGCAUCGUGUGGUGGUCAUCUUCAAGCUCCUGGUACAGCAGUUCUCGGUUCUGGAAACAAUGACUGCUUUGGACUUCAAUGACUUCAGAGAAUACCUGUCUCCAGCAUCAGGCUUCCAGAGUCUACAGUUCCGGCUGCUGGAAAAUAAGAUUGGUGUUCUUCAGAGCUUGAGAGUCCCUUACAACAGGAAACACUAUCGUGAUAACUUUGGAGGAGACUACAAUGAGCUGUUGCUGAAAUCAGAGCAGGAGCAGACGCUGUUGCAGCUGGUGGAGGCAUGGCUGGAAAGAACACCUGGUUUAGAGCCAAAUGGAUUUAAUUUCUGGGGAAAGUUUGAAAAAAAUAUCUUGAAAGGCCUGGAAGAAGAAUUUCUAAGGAUUCAGGCUAAAACCGACUCUGAAGAAAAAGAGGAACAGAUGGCAGAGUUCCGGAAGCAGAAGGAGGUGCUGCUCUGCUUGUUUGAUGAGAAGCGUCAUGACUACCUUCUGAGUAAAGGUGAACGACGACUGUCAUACCGUGCACUCCAGGGAGCACUGAUGAUAUAUUUUUACAGGGAGGAGCCUCGAUUCCAGGUCCCUUUCCAGCUGCUGACCUCACUUAUGGACAUUGACACGCUCAUGACCAAAUGGAGAUAUAAUCAUGUGUGCAUGGUGCACAGAAUGCUGGGCACCAAGGCUGGCACUGGGGGAUCCUCAGGCUAUCAUUACCUGCGUUCAACUGUGAGCGACAGGUACAAGGUUUUUGUGGAUUUAUUUAACCUCUCAACAUAUCUGGUUCCCAGACACUGGGUACCAAAGAUGAAUCCGAUCAUUCACAAAUUCCUUUACACAGCCGAGUACAGUGACAGCUCUUACUUCAGCAGCGAUGAAUCGGAUUGAGUUCUUCUGAACAUCAGUGAAAACUACAGGAUUCUCAGUCGGCUUUUUAUAAAUUUUUAUGAAUACAUGAUUGGUGUAAUCUAUUUAUAUGUGUAGUUCAGUGUUAUGAUGUUUUGGUCCAAUCCUGGAAAAAAGUUUAUGAUCUUGCAUAUCAUGAUGGUGAGCGAUUAGGAGGAUUAAGCAUUAUGAUAACUGAUAUAGUAAAAUGUUAGCAUCAUCGUACAUAUGAUAAAUUCUUGCUACAACUCAAUUUACCCUGACAUUUACCUCUGUAGAACCAUUUCAUAUAAUUAUUACCUUAUUGCUUCAUACUUUAUAAAGCUUGUUGAGCAGUUACUUUGUAUUAUAGAUACAAUAAAUACUACCCUUCUGUACAAAA